UUUUCUUUAUUUUCUUUAUUUUCUGCCUUUAAAUACUCUUCUUUGCCUUCCUACUUAUCUCCUUUAUUUGCCUUGUUGCCUUUCGUCAAAACAAAAACCCUAACCCAGAAAAUAGAUAAAAUACCCAUCUUUUUUUUUCUUCUCUUGCGGAUCUAAACUGGGUUUCCAAAACCUUUCUCUCUCUGUUUAAAGCUUGGGCUAGUGAAGGUGAAUUUUGGGGAAUUUUUUCUGGGUAUAAAAUAUCGAGUACUUUGAGGGUUUUAUUGUUUAAAGUACGAGGUCUGGGUCUCAUGAGAAUUGUCAGGGGAAUGCAGAGAUUGUUUCGUGAGGAGGCAAACGUGCUGGGCUGGAAGAAAUCCUUCAGCCAAGGGAUUGGCAUUACCGCGCCCAAGGCAAGAAAACGAGACAAAACUAUGAGUCUCGGUCUCUAAAUUUAGGGGGUUUUGGAAAGGAAGAAUUAGGGCUAGUGCUUCUCAUUGAGAAUAGUUAUCAUCAAAAGCAAUGACUCGCAUUUUGGUUCAACGAGGUUCCACUGGCAGCUCUUCUUCAAAUCCAAGCCGAUCUUCUUCUUUGCCUGGGCCAUCUUCUUCUCGGGCAGAGCCACAAGUUUCUUCCCUUCAGGUUCCACCAGCUUCAAGAGAUGAUGAAGUUAGUGAGGAAGUGCAGGAACAAAUUGCUUCGGAUGAAAUUUUAGAGUGUUACAGUAAUGAAAAUAAGGCCACAGAAAGUGAUGAUCCUUCGCCAGAAAACUUGCGUAAUGAUCGGAACAUAACUUCAAGUGAUGCACUUGCUGAGGCUGAACAAGUGAACACUCUUGAUGCCUCAGGUCCGUGCGAUGUAAUGAAUGAUUUGGGUGGGUUGAGGAUUUCAAAAACAGUUGUGGCUGAAACUGAAGGUUCAAGCAAUGAUCCCUUACCUUUCGGAAAUGGAAGUUCAUAUCCGCCUCCACCGCCUGUUCCACCUCCUAAACCUUCAGCAGCUAAUUCGAAUUCAAGAAGAUUUGCCUCAGGAAGUUCAAAUCCUGUUCGUGCUGGAUCAUCUAGAAGAGCUGUUGCCUGGCCCACUGUUUCAAUAAGGACAUCACCGUCUGGGUCACGUCCAUCUUCUCCUAGAUCUCAUGGUGAGAGUGAGGGUUACAAUAGUGCUGAUGAGCAGAAUCCAUGCUUUGUAUCCUCCUACGAUGAUGCAGAAAGAGAACGCCAAUUCGAAAUAGAUAUCAGACGAGCAAAAGGCUUAGAAGUUAAACGGAUGCUAGAAGAUGGGAACUGCCUCUUCCGUGCUGUUGCUGAUCAAGUGUAUGGGGACUCUGAAGCUUAUGAUUUAAUUCGACAAAUGUGCAUUGAUUACAUGGAGCGAGAGAGGGAUCACUUUUCUCAGUUUAUAACAGAAGGUUUUACAUCUUAUUGUAAGAGGAAAAGAAGAGAUAAGGUCUAUGGGAACAACGUGGAGAUUCAAGCGUUAUCUGAAAUGUAUAACAGACCUAUCCAUAUCUAUUCCUACAGCAUAGAACCUAUCAACAUAUUUCAUGGAAGCUAUAAUACCGACACACCUCCCAUAAGACUGAGCUACCAUCAUGGGAAUCAUUACAACUCCCUUGUUGAUCCUCGUCGUUUGACAGUUGGUGCUGGGCUUGGAUUUAGCUGUCUUCGAGGGGCAAAUGUGGACAAGGAUCAAGUCAAGGCCGCUAUUAAAUCUCAACAAGACCAGCAGAUAGACAAUGCACUCCUGGCUGAGGGUCGAUUUUACUCUGAUCUUGAACUUACUGAGAAGGAAAUUGAGCGAACGGUUAUGGAAGCAUCUCGAGCUGAAUACCUUGCCAGUGACAAGUUUAAGCCACAAGUGGGCCAUAAAGAAUCGUCUACUUCAACUGCUGAACCAUCAUCGUCUGGAGCUAGAACAGGGACAGGGCCAGCAGGCAGUGAAACCAAACUGGAGGGCUCAAAAGAGCAUGGUUUGCAGGAUAGUGUUCUCAGCAGUGGCAUGCAAUUACUACUGUCAAUGGGAUUCAGUUAUUUGCAGGCAAAUGAAGCUUAUAGCAUAUUUGGGGAUGACGUAGAUUCCAUGGUCUGUUAUCUCAUAGAAACCGGUAGUAGCAGCAGAAGCAAAGGCAAGGCAACAGAUUUAAUCAUAGACUAGUCCCCAAAAACUUUUAAAAGAACAAACAGUAGUAGCAGGCUGGCUGUGCAGAGCGUGGUAUAAUUGAACAUAAUAUUGGCCUCUUUCUCCCUCGUUGUAGCCUUGGUGAAAAUAGAUAGAACAAUUCUUAUCUACUGAGAACAAAACAUCGAACGAUUAGAUGUGUUUGAACUAAAUUCCAAGUCAAUAAAAUGCAUUAUUAGCUUAGCAUCCAA